AUGCCAGAAAACGUAGCUACUGAUGGAUCUUCAAAAACAAAUGAAAUUUUAGAAACUUUAGUAAAAGAAGCUGAAGAAUUACGAAAAAAAUUAGAUGCAGAAAGAGCAAAAUUAAAUGAUGUUCCAAUCCAACAAGCAGCAGAAAGACUUGAAGCAUUAAGUCAUUUAAGUAUAAAACAAAGAAGACUUUUAAAAGGUCAUGCAAGUAAAGUAUUAUGUAUGGAUUGGGCACAAGAUAAAAGGCAUAUUGUUUCAUCAUCACAAGAUGGAAAAGUAAUUGUAUGGGAUGGAUUCACAACAAAUAAAGAACAUGCAUUAACAAUGCCAACUACAUGGGUUAUGGCAUGUGCAUAUUCUCCAUCAGGACAAAUGAUUGCAUGUGGUGGAUUAGAUAAUAAAUGUUCCGUUGUACCUUUAUCAUUUGAAGAUGAUAUACUUCAAAAAAAAAGAUCUGUUGCUACACAUACUAGUUAUAUGUCAUGUUGUAUGUUUUUACGUUCUGAUAAUCUUGUUUUGACAGGAAGUGGUGAUUCAACCUGUGCCAUUUGGGAUGUUGAAUCAGGACAGAUGAUUCAAAAUUUUCAUGGACAUAUAGGAGAUGUUUUUGCUAUUGAUAUACCAAAAUGUGACACUGGAAAUGUAUUUAUAUCUGGUGGAGCUGAUAGACAUGUUCUUGUUUGGGAUAUUAGAACAGGUCAAUGUGUUCAAAGUUUUGAAGGCCAUGAAGCUGAUAUUAAUACAAUACGUUUUCAUCCAAAUGGUGAUGCUUUUGCAACUGGAUCUGAUGAUGCAACAUGCCGUCUUUUUGAUUUAAGAGCAGAUAGACAAGUUGCUGUUUAUGAAAAAGAUUCUAUACUUUUUCCUGUAAAUGGUGUAGAUUUUUCAACAAGUGGUAGAAUACUAUUUGCUGGUUAUGGUGAUUAUCGUGUUGGUGUUUGGGAUAGUUUAAAAUGUGUCCGUCAAUCUGUUUUAUAUGGUCACGAAAAUCGUAUUUCAUGCCUUCGAACAUCUCCUGAUGGUACCUCUAUAUGUACAGCUUCAUGGGAUUGUACUAUCAGGAUUUGGGCAUAA